AACCGAGGGAAAAAGAUUUUUUAAUUUUCGCAUUCAUAACUGAUUAAACGCGUAGCCGUAGGCCUAACCCUAACCGUUAAAAUUGACAUGGCGGAUACAAAGACUGUCGGUGAGGAUGAUUCCACCAGAAUGAAGAGGUCAAAGGCCAAGCAUGUCCCAAUUUUGCUUGAUCUGUGGAGUAGCAGUGAUGAUGACGAAACAAGCGACGUCUUUUCUCUAGCAUCAAGCUCUGCAAGAUUUUCUGAAGCCAAAUCUUCAGACAAUCAAAUGAGGAGUGAACCGUCACUGGAUACUGGAGUGAUGGUACAUCAGCAACCAAACAGAGGAAGGGAGAAGAUUGCUCCAUCUACGACCCAACAUGUCCGGCCCAGGAUCUCGUCGUCAAAGGUUCACAGCAGACCUAAGGCAUUGACGCUUAAGAAACGCAAACUACCAGAGAUGAUUGACUCACGUUUCACUUCAUCCCCGCCUGCAGGAAGGAAGUCCUCUCCCGUUUUCCCUUGUUCACGUAAGACAGUCUCAUUAACAUACCCCCAUAGGACUCGUCUUAAGACACCAACAGAAAGUUCAGAAGACAGUACUGAAGAAGAUAGUGAUGUGAACUCAGGAGGCACCACAAUGAAACAUAAUUCAUGCAUGUAUCUCAGGGGCAAUACUGGCAGGCAGUCCAGCCUUAAACAAUCAAAUGACAAGUUCGGAAGACUUCCGAGUAGCUCGAGCAGUGAAAGUAGCUCAUCAGAUGCCGAGUCGGGGGCCACGGGUGUGAAGAAUGGUAAUUCCUGUUCAAGGGCCACUAUUGGCCGGCAGCCGAGGAGGGAACAAACAAGCAGCAAGUACAACAGCAAGUUGAUGUUCGGGAGCGACUCAAGUACUUCUAGCAGUAGCUCAUCAGAUUCAGAAUCACUUCUCUUACCAACGAAGUCGAAGCGAACGCAGGUGCAAAGAAUUUCUGGGGCAACAGUUCUCUGUAGCAGCCUGCUACAGAGAGUGUCUUCCCGUCUUCAACCCAGUCAAGAUGUGAGAAAGCCGGGAAGAUGCAAACGCGGAUUGAGCAAAAAAGGCAAUCAAGUUCCCAGGUUCAAACGAGCCAGAGUGUCGCAAACAUUUGGCAUUGCGCCAUCUGAAUCUUCCUCAUCCAGCUCCUCUGACACUGAGAGUGAAGCAAGCCUCAACUCAUACCUCUUAGAUCUCAAGACUCGAAAGAGGACGGCGGAAACUAUCCAAAGGAGCAGGGGUGGCAACAAGGCUCUUGGAAAUGGUCAACAGAAUCCCAGUCCUGAAAAAGUGACCAGAAGGAAGAUGAUCACCCUGUUCGGAAGAACAUCAAGUGAAGAGGGCCGGGAUACAGCUGAGGAAGACGCCAAGGAACUCGGAGAUGAACAGGAGGAUAACAUCACAGAAACCCGGACUAACAAAGCUUCAGUAUCCAGUACAAAUCCCCAAACUUCAAUGGUCAACCUUACAGGGCUGUCUAAAGGUGAUAACAGAGGUGCUGGAGGAAUUUGUUCAGAGGCUACUACCCGGAAGAAAAUAUAUUCUUUUUCAGAGAGGGAUGACUCUGUCAUACUUGUAGACAUCACCCAAAGCACAGAGAGAGGUGCUCUGGCAAGACAGUCCCGUCCACAGGCAAAAACAAAUCCCUCUACCAAACAGGGAUUUGGUGAAAGCCAGAAUACAGAAGGAACAUCCCCCAUCUUCUCUAGACAUGCACACACUCGUAAGGAGCUUCCUGUUAGACGUAGUGAUGUCAGUGUUUUGGUCGGGAAUAUGGCCAGAGAUGACACAUUCAAGAUCACUCGCGACAGUUCCCCCAAAGCACCAAAAAUUUCUCACCCGGGUCAUGUCCCAAAAGACACUCUAAUCACUUCAUCAGCCGAAGGAAUGAGACAUUCACCAUCGAGUAAAGCAUCUUCUUUCAAACGAAAUGUUGCUCACUCUGGAUCACAAUCACCAGUCACUGGAUCACAAUUACCAGUCAUUGGAUCACAAUCACCAGUCUUUGGAUCCCAAUCACCAGUCAUUGGAUCACAAUCACCAGUCUGUGGAUCCCAAUCACCAGUCUUUGGAUCACAUUCACCAACCUUUGGGAUCUCUAACUGGUUAACAGAAAGUAGCAGAUACUCUUCAAAUGCAGAUAAACUGCAUGUACGUACAUGUAGCAGAGAGUCGUCUGGAGUAAAAUCCUCAAACUCUCAAGGCCAAGUUAGUUCUACCGACUCCCAGGACAAGUUUCGUUUUCCAAGCAUGUGUUUUGAAGAAAAGCAUCUUCAUUGGUUGGAAGACACUCGAGGUUCAUCUCUUCAUGAUGGGAAUGAGGCUACCGCAACGUCUGACCCUACAGGGAGCUCAAUCACUAUUUUUAGAAGAGAUUUUUUUGUGAAAUCACCAAGAACAGAUCAAUCCUCCCAAUCAUCUAAUGCAAGGAAUACGACAGUUUCAUUGAUCGCUGAUGGUGAGGAUCGCUCCCAAUGGUCAGAACAGAUGCACAGUGUUCGGGGUGAUCAGAAAUCUCCUCCGCUUGUCAGGUCUCCGAGUCGGGUUAGAAGGAAUCGUGCAGCUUAUGAAAGCAGAGGCAAGACGUCACAAUCCUUGGAAUCAAGAAACACAGAAUAUUUAUCCUUGAAUGAAGAUCAUAGGCCAGAGGAGAUGAGAGGGGGCACUGUGGUCACGUUUAGCUCUUCAUCAUCAGGCCUCAACAGAAGAAGGGGAGACCGUCAUGAAGUCAUCAAGAACAAACGAUCUCGCCAUGAUGCCAAAAGUAAGACAAGUCAGAUUUCCAAACAUCACAGCAGAGGUGAUAGGAGCCAUUCUUUGACCUUAUCUGAUGGCCAAGUACACCAUCCACAAAAUGUAGAAGUUGGAAGUCGCCAAACAAGACAACAUAUCAAUUAUGAUUGGUCAGAGUCUAUAAUUGCAGGUAGUUUAAGCUUCACAGAGCCCCAUUCCGAUGUUCAAGUGCUUGAAGAUCACAGCGCUCACCAACACUCAGUCAAAUUACCGUUGAAAGCAAGGCAUAAGUCUAAGCAUGGUGCUACCAUUUCUGGGAACCAAGACACUAGACAGAAGAGGUCUAACAAUAACGCAGCCUCGCAGGUCAGUAGUCGGAGCACAGGAGAUCCUUCACCUGAUGUCCAGGUAGUUGGGAGUCGGGAAUCUAGACGUAGUGUUGGAGAACCUUCUGUAAGGAGAAAGAGCAGAGGAGCUGAAGUCUCGGAGAGUACUGAUUCCACAGACAUUGAUGUUGUGGAGCUGGUAAGACAGUUGGAUGAAGAUGAGAGAAUGGCCAAACAGCUUCAGGAGCACUUUGAUGCAGAGUUGGCUAGGCUUACCCAAGAACACAGCCGGAUUAUGUCUUCCCAUAAUGAGAUUCUCGCACAGCCCCUUAUCAUGCCCGAGUUGCCCACCCUCCCUGGACCACCUCUCCCCCGACCCCCUCCACUCUUCCCACCACGCACCCAGAUGGCCAACCCAGUCAUGCCGGGCAUCGCUGGCCAUCAGGAGAUGAUGUGGAGGGACGACCUGGUGGACAUGAACCCAAUCAAUGCUGCCAUGAUGGCCGAGAUGGGACGCUUCCUGGAUAACAAUACGGAGGGUCAGGCUGGCUACGGCCAUCGUGGGAGGCAACGUCGAGGUCGUGCCAGGGGUCGCGGAAGGUCAAGAACCAGAGGUCAUCACCACAAUCCAGUGCAGUCUGAUGGAAAUGAUUACGAGCAACUCUGGAACCUAGUGGAGCGGGUCGGCGAGGCCGUCAGUAAGGGUCUCCCCGAAUCCUCCAUCAAUCUGCUGCCCACCUUCCUCUACACGACAGCGGGUCAAGACGCCACCGAGAACGAGUGCUCCAUCUGCAUGGGGGACUACGAAGCUGGGGAGAACAUGCGACGGCUUCCCUGCUUCCACUUCUAUCACGCGGCCUGCAUUGACAAGUGGCUGAAGGACAAUCGGAUCUGCCCAGUCUGCCGAGAAGAGGUCAACUUUGAAGCUGCAAACUUUACCUGAUGACCCCUGACCUCACCCCGAAAAACCACCCUGAAUUGUCUGUGAUACCCAUUGUGAUGCCCAAGAACCAUUAUCUGCCUGAAACUGAUUGAAAUGAUGACAGUUUUACUUAUGGAUAAGCAGAAGUGCAGAAAUUGGCAUGGCAUUUAAUAUUCACAUGUAUUUAACUUGAUGGCUCUUUGCUCUGAGCUUGAACGUACGAGGGCGCUCUAUAAGAGAGAUGACAUUGUUACAAGCCCUCGUGUUGUGUUUAUCAGGAAUAAAAUCAAGUUCAGAAUAGCAACCAUUUCUCUCGAAACCAAUGAACAACAAACUGAACGUCACUAGGUACUUCCCUAUUAAAUAACUAUUUAUAUGUACGACUUUGAAUUUUCAAAUUUUCACAUUGCUGUUUCAAAGUUGGAGGUAUAAGUAGUAGUGAAGACAGACAUGGCUAUUGUGCUGAAAUUGAGCUCUUUGCCCCAAAAUGGCAGCAUCCAGCUGUAUAGACCUUAUGCAUAGCAGUCAUCUUAACAGACGAGGGCCGUGCGGCCUUUGCUUUGCUGGGAUCUGCAUGAAUGAACAAUUUGUCCCCUAAGAUGGCCGCUACGCAUCGGGUCUAUUUUCUGAAAUGGACUAAGGAAGGUUUGAUAGGUAAAGUGAGCAGGGGUGAUAGCGUCGUACGUUGCUGUGGUCUUGUGAACAGUUUUUAAAAUUUUCAAAUUAUUUAUACAGUUGUGCAUCUGUUUGAUAUUACAUCUUAAAGAAUACUUGUAAGCAUAACCCAGGGAAAGACCUUUUAGUAAAUAGGCCCGAGAGGUAACGACGGCAUUCUUCGUUUACAUGUCAUGAUGAGCGCAAAAAUGUCUGGCGUGCACUUGCUCAUGAUACAUGCAUCUGGAACAUAGGAUGUGACAUUGAAGAGACUCAUUUAUUAUUGCCCAGAUGUACAGUGGUCAGGGCAUGAUAUUGGGGGUCUACCCGAUGUUCCCCAAUACCUAUGUUCCCCAAAAUCCUUAGGGUUAGGAGUUAGAUGGUUAGGGUUAGGGUUGGGAAACAUAGGUAGUGGGGAACAUAGGUAUGCACCCCUUGAUUUGAACUCACCUGAUCAUAAUUGUUUAUGUUUAAGAUAUUUCUUUGACAUCUGAUAUAUGUAUUUAGGAUGUUUGUGUAAUUCUGUACUUUUACAGUGUAUCUUUUAAUGUGAUCUGUUUGCCUCUUCCCCCUCCCCCCCC